GAGGAGGGACCGUUACCCUGAGGCGACGCAGCCUGGCGGCGGGAGGGCGCGUGAGGCCCGGUGACUGCACUGGGUGGGGUCUGUCCUCGCGCCCGCACAACCCCCCGCUCCGCAGUGCCCGCCGCGUGAGCCCGGCUCGCGCCGGGGUCCGGGUCCCUGUCCCUGCGCCACCGCCGCCUCGUCCCCGGCUGAGGCCCCGAGCAGCGCCCCCCCUUCCCGGCGAUGCCCUUGGCCGGGCUGGGCGCCGGCAGGUGAUUCCCCAGCGUCCGCCGCUCGUGCGAUCCGCCGCCGCCGCCGCCAUGGGGGACGGGGAUGUCAACUCCAACCUGCUCUUCGCCCGCAGCCCCGGGGACGCGCAGCUGGACAGGGCGGUCGGGCAAUGGCUCAGCUGGGACAAGAACCCUAAAACGAAAGCGCAGAUUGAAAACCUGGUACGGAAUGGGAUGAACAAGGAGCUGCGGGAUCGCCUCUGUUGCAGGCUGACCUUUGGGACUGCUGGACUUUGUUCUGCCAUGGGGGCAGCUUUUGCUACAUUAAUGACCUUAGUGAUCCAGUCAACACAGGGAAUGUGCAGAUACCUUGAGAGGUGUUUUCAGACUUCAGGCAGAGAGGCUUCGUUGUUGGAUAUGACACGCGAGGUCAGGUGACCAGCAGCUGCAGCAGUAAGAGGUGUCCAUUGUGGAAGGCAUAUAACCUCUCAUGGGCUGGCGCUGAACUGCUGCACAGAUCUUACGUGGUUUGAUCACAUUGUUCCUUGUGGACUCGAAGGGACGGGUGUCACCUCGCUGAGCGAAGAACUCCAGAGACAUGUCAGUUGAUGAAAUCACUGAGCCUUUUCUGGACGCUUUUGAAGAAGUGUUUCAGUGCUCCCUAACUUCCCAUGAGGAAUCUAUCGGAUAAAGGGCUCCGAGUGCCUCACUUACCUGUGGAAAUGUGAAUAUUUCUUUGGUGCUUUCAUGGUGUUACUAGAAAUCCAGCUUGCUUGUUCCAUCUUCCUAUCAGCAAUUAAAUACGUGUAACAAACUGUA